UCAAGCUACCAAGGCAGAGAGAUAAUUUUACAACUUUUUCAAUCCGACGAUCGCCUUGACAGAAAUAUAGACAGACUUGUCAUGUUUUUCCUCUUUCCAUUCGCUGGAUUUGCUCUGUGGUAUAUAUACAGCACGUUUAACUACAGGAGUCGUCGGAAUGGAGCUACAGAGAUCCCCGGACCCAAAGGUCUACCCAUUGUGGGCAAUGUCUUGGAUAUGCCCAAGGACAGCCAACUGAUCCCAGUCUUCAACAAAUGGUAUCGGGAAUACGGUGACCUCGUCUCCUUCAAAAUACUCGGCAUCAAUCAAGUUGUGCUCAACAUUGAGAAAGCCGCCAACGACUUGUUUGUACAACGAGGUAACAGCUAUUCAGACCGUGGCGCACCAACAGCUAUCGCGGAUGAUACCUGGCGUCAACAUCGCAAACUCCUGCACACCGUUCUCUCCGCACCCGCCACCGUACGAUACGAGCCUUUCAUAGAACUCGAAACCAUCUACACACUCCACGACCUUCUCAUUAGCCCGGAGAAAUUCUCGGACCAUCUAGAGCGCUAUGCGUACGGCAUCGUCUUCCGGGUCGGUCUCGGCCGCAGAGUCCAGGAUCUCAACGACUACGUUGUGCAAGAAUCUAUUAUGGGCGUGGACGAAACUCUUAAAGCGUUCCGGCCUGACCUCUUUGCUUGCAACAUUUGGCCACCGUUGCUCCACGCACCUGACUGGCUGGUACCUUCGAACAAGACCUUGAGAAGAUAUCUCGCGCGCUUGGAAGGUAGCAUCGACCUGGUGCAAAGCGACCUGAAAGCCAGAAUAAAGAACAGGUCCGCUCCCGAGUCCCUGCAGAAAUGGUUCUUAGAACACAUGCACGAGUUCGAUCUCACCGAGGAGCACGGCGCGUGGGUCUUUCAGUCUCUCGUUGGUGCUGGGACACGCUCACCAUACAAUGCGAUGAUGCAGUACACGAUCAACAUGAUGGAGCAUCCCGAAUGGCAGCGCAAGGUCCAAGAAGAAGUAGACCGUGUAGUGGGCAAGGACCGCCUACCGAGUUUCGAGGACCUGUCGAAUUUGCCGACUGUCAGGGCAGUGAUCAAGGAAGGGAUCCGCUACCGGUCCAUCGUGGCUGAAAUUGGCAUCCCCCACAAGCUGGACAGAGACGACUUCUACGAGGGAUACUUUAUCCCCAAAGGAACCAUCCUGCACGCAAACUAUAGCGCCAUCCUCUCCGACCGCGAACUCUACCCCGACGGCCCCGUUUACAACCCCGCCCGCUGGCUCGACCCGUCCUACCCGACCUACAAAGAGCCGCUAACAUCGUAUCCCAGCCUGCAAGGCUUCACCUCCUUCGGGUACGGCCGGCGCGCGUGCCCUGCUGCAAACUUCACCGAGCGCACGCUGACGGUCAUUGUGGCGCGGCUGGCGUGGGCGUUCAACAUCAGGAAGAAAGUCGAUCCAACGACGAAGAUGGAGAUCCCGCUGGAUAUUAAGUACGAGCCUACGCCGAAUCCGAAGCCGCUACCGUUCCCGGCGGUGUUUGAGGUUAGAGAUCAAGAGAGAGCGAGGGUCAUAAAGGUGGAAGAGGCGAGGGAGAGUGCACGGGAUCCUUUGAGGACGAAGAAGGAUUGA